GGGAGGAGAAUGUGGGGCUAUGGAGGCACGGAGCUGAGCCGGGCCAGGCCGGGCCGGGCCGGGUCAGGCUGAGCCGAACUCUGUGCUGGGCGGAGCUGCGCUGAAAGGUCUGCGGCGGCGGCGGCGGCGGCUGCUGCUGCUUCUGCUGCUGCAGGGCGGGCAGGGUAAGGGAGGGGGAGGGGGUUCCGAGCGCCCAGCCCCCCGCAGCCCUGACUCCGCCCCUUUCGCCCUACUCCUUGCACACUCCUCCCUCCCAUCCUCCUCCUCUCCUUCCCUCCUCCUUUCCAUCCCUCCUCCAUCCUUCUCCAUCCUCCCUCCUUCACCCCCCUCCUCCCCGGCGGCGCAUCUGUCUGGGCGUCCCUCCCUCCCCCGGUGCAGCCCCCGGCGGCGGUGGCGGUGGCGGUGGCGGCGCUGUCCGCUGCGGCUCGACUCGGUAGGAAGACAGGCUUGGUCGCCCCCUCUCCAGAGGGGAAGGGAGGUAGAGUCAGGAACGGCGGCCGAGGACCUGGGGAGGGCAGGGCAGGCGCAGGUACCGGCCCCUAGCACGGACCGACAGACCCCACGCCUGGGGCCGCUUGGGCCCCCAGCAGGGUCCCACCUCUGCCGGCCCCAGAGGAGCAUCUCCCCCCGGCUGGCCUGAUGCCCUGCACCUGCCUGGCCCUUCCUGGUAGGGCUCCCCAGCAACCAGCCAUGACCUUGCCCUGAGCCAGCCCCGCCCCUGGGGCUGACGGGGCGGGGCUGCUGGGCAGAGGGGCUCCCCUUGGGAGGGUCAAGGUCAUGGCCUCUCUAGACCUGCCUUAUCGCUGCCCCCGUUGCGGGGAGCACAAGCGUUUCCGGAGUCUGUCCUCCCUUCGAGCUCACCUGGAGUACAGUCACACCUACGAGACCCUCUACAUCCUCUCUAAGACCAACAGUAUCUGUGACGCAGCCGCCGCCGCCGCCGCUGCCGUCUUCCCUCUGGCACCUGACCCCACCGCCAUGUUGGCUGUGCCUGGUGCCCGCCGGGAUGUCUUUGAGAGCACAUCCUUCCAAGGCAAAGAGCAGGGGGUGGGACCUCCGGCCCAGACUGCCCACCACCUGCACCACCACCACCACCACCCCCCUCUCGCUCGAUUCCCAGGAGACCUGGUCCCUGCAGGAGUCUCCUGUGAAGACCUGGGUGAGCCUAGCCUCGUGCCCACCACAACCCGCUAUGCCCUGCGGGAGAUCGAGAUCCCACUGGGUGAGCUGUUUGCCCGGAAAUCGGUAGCCUCUUCAGCAUCAUCCACACCACCCCCCGGCUCUGGCCCCCCUGGCCCCAGCCAAGCCUCGGCCUCCCCAGCCUCUCCAUCCCCAGCUGACAUGGCCUAUGAAGAAGGCCUGGCUCGGCUAAAGAUCCGGGCCCUAGAGAAACUGGAAGUGGACAAGCGAUUAGAACGUCUGAGUGAAGAGGUGGAGCAGAAGAUCGCGGGGCAGGUGGGCCGGCUGCAGGCAGAGCUGGAGAGGAAGGCAGCGGAGCUGGAGAAGGCCAGGCAGGAGAGUGCCCGGCUUGGCCGGGAAAAGGAGGAGCUGGAAGAGCGGGCCACGGAGCUCUCCCGCCAGGUGGACGUCAGUGUGGAGCUGCUGGCCUCCCUGAAGCAGGACCUGGUGCGCAAGGAGCAGGAGCUGACCAGGAAGCAGCAGGAGGUGGUUCAAAUCGACCAAUUCCUAAAGGAGACGGCCGCCCGGGAGGCCAACGCCAAGGUGCGCCUGCAGCAGUUCAUUGAGGAGCUCCUGGACCGUGCCGACCGCGCCGAGAAGCAGCUCCAGAUUAUCAGCAGCAGCUGUGGCACUACCCCCAGUGCUAGCCUGGGCCGGAGCAGUGUGCCUGGUACCAAGGGCACCAGCAGAAUGCGGGACCGGCACUCAGGUCCCAUCAUGCACAACACAUACGCCGUGUCUAAUCACCGCUCCUCCUCCAGCACAGGGGCCUCCAGCCGUGCGAAGGCCGUGUCUCAGAGCUCCGGCUGCUACGACAGUGACACGGCAGACCCCUACCCCUCAGAAGAGGCAGCCAUUGGGGACAGUGGGGCUGGAGGACCAGGGGCCCGGGCUGAGGGCGGAGGGGGCUUGGAGAGGCCCCAGGUGCCCCGGAGCUCAGGCCUGAGGCGUCAGGCCAUCCAGAAUUGGCAGCGGAGGCCUCGCCGGCAUAGCACGGAGGGCGAGGAGGGCGAUGUCUCCGAUGUGGGCUCCCGCACCACCGAGUCUGAGGCCGAAGGGCCCUCCGAAGCCUCGGCCUCUGGACCCACGCCACCCCGAGCCCUCAGCAGCUGCCGUCUGUCCGCCCGCUCAGAGGGGGGCAGCGGGCGGGGCCGGCAGGCUGAUGGUGGUAGCCCCUCACGCUCCAACGAAGUCAUCAGCCCGGAGAUUCUGAAGAUGCGGGCAGCCCUCUUCUGCAUCUUCACCUACCUGGACACCCGUACCCUCUUGCACGCUGCUGAGGUCUGCAAGGACUGGAGGUUCGUGGCUCGGCAUCCCGCUGUCUGGACCCGCGUGCUGCUAGAGAAUGCCCGCGUCUGCUCCAAGUUCCUGGCAAUGCUGUCCCAGUGGUGCACCCAGACACAUUCACUGACUCUGCAGAACCUGAAGCCCAGGCAACGGGGGAAAAAAGAGGGCAAGGAGGAAUACCUAAGGAGCACAAGGGGAUGCCUGGAAGCAGGGCUGGAGUCCUUACUCAAGGCUGCCGGUGGGAACCUGCUGAUUCUGCGCAUCUCCCACUGCCCCAAUGUCCUCACGGACCGCUCCCUCUGGCUGGCCAGCUGCUACUGCCGGGCCCUGCAAGCUGUCACCUACAGGAGUGCAACAGAUCCUGUAGGCCAUGAAGUCAUUUGGGCCCUGGGGGCUGGCUGUAGGGAGAUCAUCUCUCUCCAGGUGGCCCCUCUUCACCCCUGCCAGCAGCCCACACGCUUCAGUAACCGGUGCCUGCAGAUGAUAGGGCGAUGCUGGCCCCACCUGAGGGCCCUAGGUGUAGGAGGUGCAGGCUGUGGCGUGCAGGGCCUGGCAUCACUUGCCCGGAACUGCAUGAGACUUCAAGUUCUAGAGCUGGACCAUGUGGCAGAAAUCACCCAGGAGGUGGCGGCCGAGGUCUGCAGAGAGGGGCUGAAGGGCCUGGAGAUGCUGGUGCUCACAGCCACCCCGGUUACCCCAAAGGCCCUGCUGCAUUUCAACAGUGUUUGCCGGAACCUCAAGUCCAUUGUGGUACAGAUUGGGAUUGUGGAUUACUUCAAAGAACCUGGGAGCCCGGAAGCUCGGAAGCUGUUUGAGGAAAUGGUGACCAAACUCCAGGCUCUAAGACGACGACCAGGAUUCUCCAAGAUCUUACACAUCAAGGUGGAAGGUGGCUGCUAACCCCGGGCAGGGGGGCCAGUGGGCACCCCUCACCCACCACCUUCACCCAGAGGCUCUGGAGUGAACCCAGGCCUCCAGCAGACAACCUCUUUGGACACCCCCACCCAAGGGAUGCAGGUUUGGACUUGACCUCAAGGGGCCAGUUAGCAGAAGCUGGUCUUGGGACCAGAGAAACCUGGGUCCCCUCCAGAGGCCUUCUGUCUGAGCUCUGGGUCAGUCGCAUGGAAUACGAUCUGCUGUGGAGUCGAUGGCUUGGGGGGGCCUCUUCUCCCUCGCUGAGACCCUGGAGUGGGGUUCCCCCUUGCCUAAGCUUCCACCCCAGGCACUGCCUCCCCCAGGAAGGGCUCUUGGACUGAAGCUACCAUCUCCUCUUGGGCCCCAGGACAGCACGCCCCGCUGACCCAAGUAACCCCACCAGAACAGGGGCUGAUUUGGGGCCCCUCAGAGGACAGGGAGCUCCAGUCACCAGCAGAGGCAGGCACUGACAUCCUAUACCCUGCCCUGGCCCCAUCCUUCAGGGGGUCCUGCAAUAAACCCCGACUGUCUCCUUAGCCCCUUGGUCUCUGGGCCCCCCUACCAAGGCUGUCUCCUGUAUCUGAUCUAUCCAGGCUGUGGGCCAUGGGGCCCCCUUUUAUCCUCCCAUCACCAGUCUGGUGGAGGGUACCAAUACCAACCUCGGUCCCAGUGGUGCAUCAAGGGAGCAACCCAACAGGACCCUGGGUCCCUCUCUGCCACCAAUCUCCAUGGAAAUUCCAGGCGGGCCUGGGAGGGGCAGGACAUGCCUGGGACCCACAGCAGCUCUCUGGAGGGACGGGGAGAGGGGACUAGAGUGACAUCUUAGCCCAGUCCCCAAACCUCCCUGGCCACCUCUCCAGACUCCAGGGGAUAACACUGGCCCCCUAUAUUCACCUGCCGCUGCUGCCUCCAGUGAGUCUGGGGAUGGCCAGGUGGAGAUGACAGAGUUAGUAUUAUUUCUGUAAGACAAGACGAUCCAGAGAUUUUAAAGCCGAGUUACGUAAUGUGCAUGUUUCUGAGCUCUCCACUCCAGACCCUGACCUUGACCUUGACCUGAGUCCCCCAACACACAAACCCCUCCCAGGAAGCCUCUGCCUGAGGGGAAGCCCAGGGGUCUGUAGGAAGGAGCUGCUGAGAUGCUGUUCAGCCCAGCUCGCCCACACCAUGCCCUGAGAGCCACAGCCCUGGAGGAGGGAAGGGGCAGAAGGAAGAACAGCGUUGAGAUUUGGGGGGGGGCAGGGUGCAAAAUGAAUUGAAUGUUUUGGUAUAUCUUGGCAUAUGGUAAAGGUAGAGGUGGGGGGGGCACCUUGGAGGAGCUUAACCUAGGAUUUGAAAUCAGGCUUUCCCCUGCCCUCUGUCUCCCCUAAGAAAUCACAUCUGUGUUGACUUGGGUCUAGGACCUCUCAUCCUGGGACCUUGUUAGGGGUUCCCUGUCAGGGAAUCUGGCUCUGAAUCUAGGCUUGGGAGAAGCAUGUUGUGUGCUCUCUCUCUCUCGCUCUCUCUCUUUCUGCCACCCCAUCUGUCUCUGUCUCUCUCUCUCUCUGCCCCCCAU